ACAUAGUCACUCAGGCAGAUUACUGGUGACUGUCUGGUCCAUCGUGCUCACCUCAGAGAUGUUGACUGAAUGUUAAGGAUAAAUAAUGUUGACCGUACUUCUUUUGCUACUGCUGCACGAAUCACUGGCUGACCAAGUGUGCCUCACCAUUUCUACUUACACCACUGAAAUUAAUGGAACUAAUGCAAGCAUCACUGAACAUCAAAGUACGGUGGACUGUCAGAUGCACUGUCAGACUUCCUGCGUCUUUCUAUGCAUCCCUGGAGAAAAGGCAUGGUUCAAUGGUACGUCUUACUGCUUGGAUGUUAAGCCUGAAACAACACCUGAAAAUGGAACAAUUUAUCAACUGGGAAAAUAUCACACUUGCUACCUGUACCCAUGCCUGAACAGUUCCAUCUUGCGACUGAUUGAUUCACUGGAUUAUAAACAGAAAAACUUGAUAACACUCUUCAACAUAAGAAACUCGUGUUUGGACCUCUUCAAUAAUAAUCAAAAACUCAAGUGGACCUUUAUAAAUGAAGAAAGAAAGGCCAUCCAUACCCUCAUAAAUAACACCCAGACUGAGGCUGCAUUGUCCAGUACCUACAACCAGCAGUACUUGUCUCUGAAUGUGAUCAACAUCAGCAAGGCCCCAGUGAAUUCCAUAGUGGAAAUAGAAGCUCCCCAGCUGCACCCUCAGAACCAUUCAUUCAUCCCUAAGAUUUGGCUGCCUGUCGAUGCUCUAAAGACCAUCCCAGAGGAGAAGAGGAUUAUUGGCUUGGUCAGCUUCAUGUAUCACGACCAUUUCCAAUUUGAUCAGGAAAAGAUUUUAUCAGUGGUUCUCAGGAUAGAGGUGCUGGGGGAAGAGCGCCUCAGAAAUCUGGCUUCUCCAAUCAAGAUGACCUUUAGAGUUAAAACAGACAAAGGUCAACUGGAUAAUGACUCACAGUUAGUCUGUCACUAUUUUGAUGAAUUUGAUGGAAAUGGCUCACCCUGGAAAACUGAUGGAUGUGAGACUCAAAGCUUCAACCAAUCAGAUGAACAGGACAUUGCGUGCUAUUGUGACCAUACUACACCGUUUGCUGUUCUUCUGAUAAGAGGUCAAAUUGCAGCAGUCCACUGGAAAAUAUUGUCAUACAUCAGUUACAUAGGCUGCGGUCUGUCAGCUUUCUUUACUGCUUUGUCUCUUUUGAUGUAUGCUUUCAGUCGUAACCACAAACUGGACUACUCACUAUCUAUUCACGUAUCCCUGAGUGGGGCCUUGUUUCUGCUCAAUUCAUCCUUCCUGCUGACUGAGUGGGGAGCUACACUGGACCUAGAGGGCGUGUGUGUGUUUGUUGCAGCAUUCAUGCAUUACUCCUUGCUCUGCAGUUUCACCUGGAUGGCCAUAGAGGGACUUCACCUCUAUCUAAUGCUGAUCAAGGUGUUUAACACCUACUACAAACACUACCUACUGAAACUUUCACUUGCGGGUUGGGGUAUUCCUGCUGUAAUGGUGGCAGUCUCUGUAGGAGUGAUGGAUUGCAAACAGUUUUAUGGAGUUAAACAGAUGACCAUGGCUGACACCAACCAAACUAGUUCGAUCUGCUGGAUCACUGACGACACCUUCUUCUACUCCUUGAACCUGGUAUAUUUCACCCUUGUUUUUAUCUUUAACACUGGCAUUCUCAUGGCAGUGGCUUCUAGCAUAUGUAAGAUGAAACAAGUGUUACAGACUACCUUAAAGACAGGAGCCACAGCUAAGGGGAAAUUGUGGGGAGACCGAGAGAGGCUUAACGCAUCCUGUAAGAGUGGCCUAACAUUGUUUGGUCUUACUUGCCUGAUGGGUACCACCUGGGGCCUGGCCUUCCUGGGUUCUGGAUAUAUCAACUACCCCAUUCUCUACCUUUUCUGCAUCCUCAACUCCACACAAGGUUUCUUUAUCUUCCUGUGGAUUUGUCUGUCAGCAAAGAAGCAGAGAAAGAGGGCUAAGGAGGACCGGACAUCUUCAGCUCCUGUGAGAACUACAGAAAUCAAAUCUGAUUAGAGUUACUCUCUACCAUUUCUGCUCUACAUGUAAUCUUCUGUUAUGUUAGAUUUAAAAACACACUGAAAUUUUAAAUACUAUUGCUUUAUAGUAUGUCUGUAUUGUCUAUAUGAUUUAAUUUUUUUUCUGUUUAUAUUCUGUUUAUUUAUUUUUUCUGUUUAGUCAAUCAUAUAUAUUUUACCUCUAAUAUUCUUGAUAUGUAUAAUUGAGCAAUUUGUAUAUAUUAGAGCUAUUUCUUAAUUUUUUUUUAAAAAAACUCUGUAACAUAUUUAAUUACUUUAGUCUGUUACUGUUAGUGUCUCGGAGCAACUAUAACCCACAUAAUUUCCUUAGAGAUUAAAGUAUUCUGAUGUAUGCUUCUGAAUAAAGUUGUACAUGAUAUAUGGUAGAUUGGUAAUGGACUGAUUCUCAUAUAGCGCUUUUCUACUCUCCCGGAGUACAUAAAG